UCGCACGUACCAUGGACUCCCUCAAAGUCCAGUUCAUCUCCUCCACCGACUCGCCGGAGUUCGCUCACCUGACGCGGGCCCUGACUCAGUACUCCAUCAUCGGACUCGACGCCGAGUGGAAGCCCACCCGCUCCUCCCAGCUCUCCAUCUUCCCCACCGUCUCCCUCCUCCAGCUCGCAUGCCGUCUGAGCCACGGACUGGAGGGUUCGGCCGAGUCUGAUGACUCACCGGUCUUCCUGCUCGAUCUGUCCUCCAUUCCUCUGCCUUCAAUCUGGGAGAUUCUGAGAGACGUGUUCACCUCGCCGGACAUUCUGAAGCUCGGAUUUCAAUUCAAGCAGGACCUGAAGUACCUCUCCUCCACAUUUUGCGCGCAGGGAUGUGAUCCAGGCUUUGACAGGGUGGAGCCCUAUAUGGAUAUUAUGAGUAUCUACAGUUUUCUGCAACAAAAGCGUGUGGGAAGGAAGUUGCAUAAAGAUACAAAGAGUCUGGCAACUAUCUGUGAAGAAAUUUUGGGCUUUUCACUUUCCAAGGAACUUCAAUGUAGUGACUGGUCACAGUGCCCCCUUACAGAAGAGCAGAAAGCAUAUGCAGCCAGAGAUGCCCACUGCUUACUCCAAAUAUUCCACGUCUUUAAGACCAGGGUUGCUGGUGAAGGCCAAUGUUUGAAUGGUGACACCACAGUCUAUUCACACAUAAGUCGUGGGUUGAAAGAGCUUCUUCAGGUCCCUGACAAAGAUAGUACGAUCUUAACAAACAAAUUUGUUGAAGCUUUACGUAUAGUUCAAGCUGCCUCAACAUCUGAAUAUCCUCAUAGAGUAGCUGUGGUAAAUGGAGCAGUUCCAAGGUCAUCCUGUACAAACACCAGGCCCAUGGAUGAGUCCCUCUUGAGAAUUGUAAGGAAGUAUGGAGAUAAGAUUUUGCUGAAUGAAUCUGAUAGGAAACCUAAACCCUUCGGAAAGAAAGGCAAGAAACGGUCUUCGGUGGUUACAAUCAGCAAAGAAAAGCGGGAAACUUCUGAUGAGUGGGAAGGGCCUCCUCCAUGGGAUUUGGCGGUUGGUGGUGAUGGUUGUCCUAAGUUUCUCUGUGAUGUGAUGGUUGAAGGUCUGGCAAAACAUUUGCGCUGUGUUGGCAUAGAUGCUGCAAUCCCCUAUUUGAAAAAGCCGGAACCACGGGACCUGAUUGGUCAAGCACAGAGAGAAAACAGAGUUCUCCUUACAAGAGACGCAAAACUUCUGAGACAUGAAUAUUUGUUGAAAAAUCAAAUUUACCGGAUCAAGAGUCUCCUGAAAAAUGAGCAGCUGAUAGAGGUAAUAGAAACUUUUCAGUUACAAAUAUGUGAGGAUCAGCUGAUGUCAAGGUGCACAAAAUGCAAUGGAAGGUUCAUACAGAAGCCUCUUACAAUGGAGGAGGCUGUUGAAGCUGCAAAAGGUUUUCAAAAAAUUCCGAACUGCCUCUUCGACAAGAAUUUAGAGUUUUGGCAGUGCAUGGACUGCAAUCAACUGUACUGGGAGGGCACACAGUACCACAAUGCGGUUCAGAAGUUCAUCGAUGUCUGCAAGUUGAAUGAGCCUCUGACAUGUUAUGUUCCAACUCUUCCGCGUGGGGCCGUUGUAGCACAAAGCUCUAAUGCCAUUCGACCGUGGCUGCUGAUAUCAUCCAGUAGUUCGAUUCCUCGUCUUUAUAAGAGGUGAUGAAAGCUUAGACGGUCACGUCAUUCAAACUUUGAAUGAUUUACCCGACUGUGCUGGAAAUUCCAACCGAUGAUGAAUUAGGGGGCGUUUGGUUUCAGAGUUAAAGUAACUUUGAUUUUGAUUUUGAUUUUGAUUGUGAAAAAAAGACAAAUGAGAUGGUAUUAUAAAUUUGACUUGAGAAA